AGCACCGCCGACGUUGGGAUUGGUUCUCCCGCUGGGUCCACCGCGCUCGCCAUAUCCGGCUCCUCCUCCGAUCGAUUCCGAUGAAAAAAAAAGAUCCGAACUUAGAAGCAAAAAAAUAAAAUUUUAAUUCGGAGAAAUCCAAUUGAAAAUCAAGGCUCGGAAAUGGUUAAAAGUCCACACGCACAAGGCGACUUUGUAGUGGGAGAUUGAAAGGGCAGUUUAGUCUUUCCAUCCUAAACCCUUUGGGCCUUGUCCUUGAAGACACUGCGGGUGCGGGUUUUCACUCUCCAACUACAGAGUUCAAACUCCAUUUCGGCUUUGCACCUCUCACUUCUCAGGCGAUUGCAGCUUACAAAAGUUGAACAGAAUGGGUGAAAAGAAGAAGAAGGCUACCUUGUUCAUCCGACUUAUCUCAGCAGCUGGGACUGGAUUUUUCUAUGUCAAGAAGAAGCCGAGUAGGGUGCAAGAGAAGCUUGAGUUUCGGAAAUUUGACCCUCGGGUAAAUCGUCAUGUUCUAUUUACUGAGGCAAAGAUGAAAUGAGCAAGUUUCCACUGCACUGUGGAUGUUUCCUUUAUUGUCCACCUUCGUUUUUAAUCCUUGUAGGCACUCUGUUUAAAGGUAGACCUAACUCUUAAGAACUUGGGUUAAUUAUUGGUGUUUUCUGUUGUAUCUUGAUGAAACUUCACACACUCUCUGUAGCUGAAGUAUAAUAAACUCAAAUUUCGAUUGCUAA